CAACCUACAACGUACCACUGCACCCCGCGCGGGGGCAUCAGCAUGCCCUACUUCGCCUUUACCGCCACGCGCGUGCAGGUCGCUACGUACCUGCUGGCUGUCGCGCUCUUCAGCAUUUCCUUCCUCGUCUUCCUCAACAGCUCUCUCUCCUUCGUCAUCACCGAGCGCAUCGGCCGGAGCCAUGACGUCGGCGACGCCGUGGGCACCUUGGGCUUCGCCGACGAGCUGGUUGCCCUUGUCGCCUGCCCGGCCUGGGGCAUGGUUAGUGACAGGAUUGGCGUGGCCAAAGUCGCGACUGUGGGCUAUGCCAUCGUGGCGUUGAGCCUGCUUCUGUUUGUGCAGGCCACCAAUGUCUACCCGCAGCUGCUGCUUGGCCGCUUGCUCUUCGCGGUCGGCGCGUCUGCCACCACCACCAUGGUCACGGCCGUCUUGCCUGCCAUGACCCACGUCGCUUCGUCCAACCCGCUCACCAGCGGCGCCAAUGCCUCCCGACAUGCAACUGCGCCCUCGAUUUCCUCCGAACUCACCAUCACCCCUACGCGCUUCCGCUCUUCCUCGCCCGAGCCUGUCGCGCGCGCCUCGGCUGCAUCAACCUCAAACCUAGCUGGGCUCGUAGGCAUGUUCACUGGCUUCGGCGCGCUGCUGGCCUUGGCUGUUUUUUUGCCUCUACCUACACGCUUCCAGAAAAGCGGCGCUGCGCCAAGCGUCGCCGUGGCAAAUGCCUACUACGUUGUGGCUAUGGUAGCUUUGGUCGUAGCCAUUGUGUGCAUGUUUGGUUUACGGGGGCUGCCAGGCGAAGAGUCCAAGGGCUGGCGCAACCUUUUCCACGUCAAGACCAGCGAUCUCACGGCAUCUGUAAUCCAUCCUACCCUGUCAUAUCCGCGCCUCCUCGCCAAUGCCUUAAAAUUGGGGUUUCAGGAUAUAAAUGUCGGCCUUGGUUAUCUUGGUGGGUUUGUUGCGCGCGCCUCUUCCGUCGCCAUAUCGCUCUUCAUUCCGCUUUUCGCCAAUGCCUAUUUCAUUAACCGGGGCUUGUGCCGUCCCGGUGACGACAAAUCCAACGAAGACAUCAAAAAUGCUUGCCGUCGCGCAUAUGUGCUCGCGGCAAUUUUGACAGGAACUUCACAGCUUAUUGCCCUCAUAUGCGCUCCAGUAUUCGGAUACCUUUCCGGAAGGUAUAGCAAGUACAACGAACCUCUGAUAUUGGCUUCAGUAGCAGGGAUCGCUGGAUAUAUCGCGUUCGGUCUGCUCAAAAGCCCUGAUCCGUCUUCGGACGAUGGCAGCGUGGGCGUCUUCUUCAUCGUUGUAUUGCUUGGUAUCAGCCAGAUUGGAGCAAUUGUCUGCAGUCUUGGCCUGCUGGGCCGCGGUAUCCAGGGCAGCGAGACUGAAUCAGGGGAUGGUUAUCUUGAUGCAGAGAGGACGCCCACUGCAGGUACUCCGUCUGUAGCAACAGCCUCUCUCCGCGAUCCGAUGCAAGAGCCUCAAGCCACAGAAUCUUCUCCGCUUCUACCUUCGCAUUUCCGCCAACCGCCUUCUUCUACUGAUCCGUCCUCCCGCUCUCAUCUUAAAGGUAGCAUAGCGGGCGUCUAUAGCCUAGCCGGUGGAGCCGGUAUUCUUAUCCUGACCAAGGUCGGGGGUGUUAUGUUCGAUCGCCUGGAUGCUGGUGCGCCGUUCUUCCUCAUGGCCGGCUUCAACAGUUUAUUGCUUCUUGCGGCCGUU